CUCAUGCCCGACAAAGGCUGGCGAAAGAAGAUAGCAGCCGGAAGACCUAAAACACCUAUCCCGCCAGUCGCAACCAUUCCGCCAAAGGUUCCAACUGAGGAUUCAGGUGUAGGCGGAGCUGAGGAACCUAUAGGGCGCCGCCGUCAAUCUGACAAGCUAGGUUGGAGGAAGACAAUUCACGGCAGUCGACCUAACACUCCAGUUGGUAUCACAGGCCCAACAACCGCGGGUGACGAUGGCGAAGACUCACGGAGCGAGCAUGGGUCAGAGUCGUCCACACCACGCCGGCGGAGUACACCUAAGCCGAAGUUGAAACAUUAUCUUUCAAGCUAUCUCACGCUCACCGCUCCACCAACAUCACCGGAGUUCUCUGAGCCAUGGCAUGAAGAUUCGCCGUUUGAUUUCAUACCUCCGGUGGAUCCAAUAAUAGUGCUGCAAUCUGUACACUCCUAUCUCUGCGGAUUUCCUUCACAGCCUCUCCCUGUGCAACACAACAAUGGCCUUCUCCGAGUAUUUGAAGAUUACAAAAAGGCAAGAGAGCAAAAGGAACGCUUGGACCAGCUCUUGCAAGAGACAUUUGAGGAUUAUAGGAGCGCAGAAGAAAGGUGGUUGAAAGUAGAGGAUUGCUACCAAGCGGAGAUUCGACGCCUUGAACUGAUUAUUGCACGUGGUACCACUGGGAUGGCGGGUCUGAUCAAAGCGAGACAGGAAAGCGUUGUGAAGAGAAAACGUACGCAGAGAAGGGCACAGUCCAUGGAUCGGCUCGAAACAGCGUUUGAAUUUUUGACCCAAGAUCAACUGGACCAAGAAAUUAUAUUGAGAAGCCAGAAAGUGCUCCUCCAUCGUCCCUCUUCCCGUUCCGGCCAGAUGGCUGCUCUGUCAAGGCAAUUCUCGAACAUGGGCUCUUACGAUGGGCUGUCGUAUGGGACGCCUCCAAGUCAAGAGCGGAAAAUCACACUCUCAAGGAAAGUUAAGAGCGAGCUGGAUCUAACUAAAAUGGCAAAUGUUAUUAGUACUUCCGAUUCAACCUCCAGGUCCGUCUGUUCCGAAUUCUCGGCAACCGGAGAUCCGUUGCCAGAUGAGGCGGAACCAUCCUUGGAUACCAGGAUCGAAAGUGAUGCCUUCGUAGCUUUGCGGGAUCUCGCCAUACUAGUGGCGCGACGAAGGGGUAUCAACCCAGACAGGUUUCUUUCUAAACUCUUGAAACUCUUCUCCACUGUCGAUGAUGGCGAUGUCGAAAGUGGUCCCGGAUCGCCUAAGGAAGAAGCCACCCAAUUGACCUUAGCUAGAAUGCAAGACACGAGCAUCCGGACACCGAAUCGUAGUCUCCGACACUUCCGAUCCCAACCCCAGCUUAGUUCUGACCGAAGUCGACGACGGCAUUUCUCCUUCGAACCAGGGGACGAUGAGCUUGCGCUGCUCGAGGAAAGACUCGAAACUGUCGAAAUGGAGCAGGACAAGUCACAUAAUCGACCGCCUCUGUGCCCUGACCGUCGCUCUCCACUGUCGGACGUCCAAUCGCAAGGCUCCUCCAGUAGACCAACCUCACUCUACGCUGAAGUGCAGAAACCUUCAAAGAUACCCAGUCCUAUAAACGGAGCGGGGUUAGGAAGUGUGCGCCGUGAGAGUUCGGUUUCUAGUUUGCAGACAGUGUUCGGUAGGCCAAAUCGGGAUGACGACCGGCGACGAGAUUCCAGGUCUAGUGUUCUUACGGCAUUCCACCAACAUGACAACGGCAGCCAGCGACCUCAGUCAACAAGCAGAAGCAGCUCCAUCAAUAAUCUGCGGCAAGCAGAAAGUCCGUUCUCGUCUGGCAGUCUCCGAGUUCGAAAUAGUAUGGCUGCUCUUGCCGCAGCUAGGGCAGCUGAGGCUAGUACAUCAGAAUCGAAGAGUAACAGCCCGGCGAGGAACUCAAGGAGAGGAUCAAGUAAUAGCUCCACAAAGCCACAAAGGCGUCUCACCGCUGCAAAAAGGAGUUCCGAGAACGAUAUCCCCCAGAAGUCUUCAUAAAUUUAUGCUCGAGCGCGUCUAAUUUAUCGGGCGCUCGACCUUGUCACCCCCAAACAUCAUAUAUUCAAUCGUUGACCGAUCGAAGGAAGAGCUAAAGCCGGUGAGUGCUUGAGCGCGGUAACGUUGGCACAGUCCCUCAUGUAGCCAUGGAACCUUCCCCUCGAGCUGUUAUAAUCUGUUCUCAUCGAAUUUGUUUUCUCCGAGCACACACUUCUCGACAUGGUGCAUUCUGCAUUGUUAUUGCAAGGAUUGCUGCACUGUGCCGAGCUCAACGAACUGUGGUGAACUGAAUGCCAAGAGGGGUUCCGCAAGUCUCAUUUCAUUGCCCGUACUGUGAAGGGUGACCCUGCAAUUGCGGUAAGGUUCAAAAUGAAAAUUCAAAUUCAAAACGCGGUCGCAUCUGACAUCAGCGGCCGAUGCCG